AUGGAGCAAGAAGAACAGCGGCAUUCGUCAAGCGAGAGUGAUAACUUUGAAAAAAUUGACUCCGAAGACAUAUCAGCUGAUGGUGCUUCUCCGCCGGGCGAUGCUCGUUUCAUAGUUGGUGAUGAAGAGGUCCAAGAUGAGGGUCCAUCCCACGAGGGUAGGGACUCCUUCCCUAACGCACCACCACCCAACUUGAAGCCCAAACUGACUGUAGCUCAACAAUUGGCUUUGGCUGAGAAGCGAAGCAAGUUACGGACCAACUGA